AUGUCUAACCAAAUAUACUCAGCGAAAUAUUCGGGGGUUGAUGUUUAUGAAUUUAUUCAUUCGACAGGGUCCAUUAUGAAAAGGAAAAAAGACGACUGGGUCAAUGCCACACAUAUUCUGAAGGCGGCCAAUUUUGCCAAGGCUAAAAGAACAAGAAUAUUAGAGAAGGAGGUGCUUAAGGAAACUCAUGAAAAAGUUCAAGGCGGGUUUGGUAAAUAUCAGGGUACAUGGGUUCCGCUAAAUAUAGCGAAACGGCUGGCUGAAAAAUUCAGCGUAUACGACCAAUUGAAGCCACUAUUUGAUUUUACACAAACUGACGGUUCUGCUUCUCCACCUCCAGCCCCAAAACAUCACCACGCCUCAAAAGUGGAUAGAAAAAAGGCCAUACGAAGUGUGAGUACUUCUGCGAUUAUGGAAACAAAGAGAAGCAGUAAGAAAAGUGAAGACAACCAGUUUCAAAAUAGUAAAAUACUGGGAAAUCCUACAGCUGUACCAAGGAAAAGAGGUAGGCCGGUUGGUUCUACGAGAGGAGGCAAAAGAAAGUUAGGAGUUGGUUUACAACGCUCUCAAAGUGAUAUGGGAUUCCCUAGACCAGCCAUACCGAACUCUUCAAUAUCGACGAUGCAAUUACCCUCUAUUAGAUCUACAGUUGGACCACAAUCACCAACGCUAAGUAUCCUUGAAGAAGAAAGACAAGACUCUCGACAACAACAACAACAGCCAAACAAUUCGGCCCAGUUUAAAGAAAUUGAUCUUGAAGAUGGCUUGUCCAGCGACGUGGAGCCCCCUCAACAGUUUCAACAGAAUUAUAGCCAUGGAACUAGUUUUGCACCUCAACAACAAUCCUCCUUGAUACAAACUCAGCAAGCAGAAUCAAUAGCUACCUCCGUAUCAUCAUCUCCUUCUUUACCUACCUCGCCGGGCGAUUUUGCUGACAGUAAUCCAUUCGAAGAGCGCUUCGCCGGUGGUGGCACAUCUCCGAUUAUUUCCAUGAUUCCACGGUAUUCUGCAACUUCAAGACCUCAAACUUCAGACAUCAAUGAUAAAGUCAACAAGUACCUUUCAAAAUUGGUCGAUUACUUUAUUUCGAAUGAAAUGAAAUCAAACAAAUCUGUACCGCAAGUGUUAUUGCGUCCACCUCCGCAUAGUGCUCCUUAUAUCGAUGCCCCCAUCGACCCUGAAUUGCACACUGCAUUCCACUGGGCAUGUUCCAUGGGGAAUCUGCCUAUCGCCGAGGCAUUAUACGAAGCGGGAACUAGUAUUAGAUCGACCAAUUCUCAAGGUCAAACUCCUUUGAUGAGAAGUUCAUUAUUCCAUAAUUCGUAUACUAGGAGGACGUUCCCCAGAAUUUUCCAAUUGCUACAUGAAACUGUAUUUGACGUGGAUUCUCAAUCUCAAACGGUAAUUCAUCAUAUUGUAAAAAGGAAGUCAACUACACCUUCCGCAGUUUAUUAUCUUGAUGUUGUGCUAUCUAAAAUCAAGAAUUUCUUCCCACAGUAUAGAAUCGAACUGCUACUGAAUACACAGGAUAAAAACGGCGACGCCGCAUUGCAUAUUGCGUCUAAGAAUGGAGAUAUUGUUUUCUUCAACACAUUGGUGAAGAUGGGUGCAUUGACCACAAUUUCCAAUAAGGAAGGAUUAACACCAAACGAAAUAAUGAACCAACAAUACGAGCAAAUGAUGAUACAAAAUGGCACGAACCCACACUCCAGUUCUUUAAACACGGACUUGAACCUGCACGUUAAUACACAGAAUAGUGAUAUGAAAAACGAUGUUAAUUCAAUGGUGAUCAUGUCCCCGAUAUCCCCAUCGGAUUACAUAACGUAUCCGUCUCAAAUUGCUACAAAUAUAUCAAAGAACAUUCCCAAUGUGGUGAAUUCCAUGAAACAAAUGGCCAGCAUAUAUAAUGAUCUCCAUGAAGAACACGAUAACGAACUGAAGAAUCUACAGAGAACGCUGAAAAGUAUAUCAAAGACGAGGAUACAAGUACAUUUAAAGACACUAGAGGUUUUGAAGGAUAGUAGCAGAGACGAUAACGACGGGGAAAUACCGAAGGGGAAUGCGGACUUCGAGACUCUAACUUAUUUACAACAGCGUAAUGUUGAAGAAAUUAAAAAAAAGCUUAUAAGGUAUAAAAAGAUGAUUAAACAGAAACUAGAAUACAGACAAACAGUCUUGUUAAAUGGGUUGAUAGAGGACGAAUCUCAUACCAUCGCGAACAGUGCAGACGGUGACGAGAGUAAUCUCCUGGAAAAGCUGGAGCUAGCUCAGAAACUAACACUUUUACAAUUUCAAAGGAGGAAACGAUUGAGGAGUUUAAUGGAGAAAUUUGAAGACAAUUCCAAGAUUCAUAAGUAUAGACGGAUUAUCAGGGAGGGGACGGAGAUGGAUAUCGGAGAAGUGGACGGUUCGUUGGAUGUAAUACUACAGACAUUGAUAGUCAAUAAUAAUAAAAACAAGGGCACAGACCCGAGUACCACGAACACGAACGCGAACGACCGUGCAUAG